AUGUUUCACUCAACAGACCCUCUUUACCCAUUCUACACGAUAUUUUCCUUCUCCAGCUUUCUUCUCCCCCUCAUUCCACUCACAUGGCACCUCCAGGCUUGGAACUCGGGUACAUGUUUUUACAUGAUCUGGGCAUCUUUGAUUGGCCUCAUAGACUUUAUCAACUCUAUUCUCUGGGCUGGUACCAUCUUGGACAUCGCACCUGUGUGGUGUGAUUUUUCUACACAUGUUAUUCUAGCAGGAACCUUUGCGAUUCCUCUCUCUUCCUUGUGCAUUGUUCGUCGUCUCUACCUUAUUGCCAGCGCAAAAUCUGCUUUGACGCGCAUCGAGAAACGCCGUGCAGUUAUCUUCGAUACCACAUUAUGUUUAAUAGUGCCUCUGGUGCUCACAGCUUUACAAUAUAUUGUUCAAGGUCAUCGUUAUUGUAUAUUCGAGGAAAUUGGUUGUAUGCCCUACGUUUAUCGUACUCUGGCAACACAAUUUCUUGUCACUUUCCCGCCCAUUUUGACAGGCCUUGUCUCAGCGUACUAUGAUAUUCGCUGUAUAAUUUCAUUAUUUCGACACUAUCAGGAACUGAAGAACCUCCAAACUCCUGUUUGCGAGAACUCAUUCACAAUGGAUAGAUUCAUCCCUGUGGUCAUUUUUGCCAUGCUGGAGACUUGUACCACUCCCAUCGCAGUCUUCGCUUUGGUCAUGAACGUAUCAGCGGGCUUACUGCCCUGGAUUAGCUGGGAUUAUGUUCACGCUGAUUUUUCGUACAUUCCCGCCACUCCAUCGGUAAUUUGGAGGAGCAAUGGUAUCGAUGAAGCGUCACUCGAGUUGCAGCGUUGGAUAAACUCCAGCUGCGGUAUCCUGAUUUUCCUAUUCUUCGGAACCACCAAGGAAGCCAGGCAGCAUUAUUCGAAAGCCUUUUCCAACCUGAGAAGUCAAUUUAGACCGAAAAAUUCCUUGGGGCAAGCCAGCAAUGAAAGGUAA